AAUUCUGUGAUAGAAUUAAUACAUACAAAAUAUGUAUUAAAAAUAAACGACAUGGGUUCUAAACCUCAGAUUUAUCACGAAAAACAAGUUAAAGAGCUGUGCGCAUUGCAUGCAUUGAACAACCUUUUUCAGACUCGGAAUACAUUCUCCCAAUCAGAACUAGACUCAAUAUGCAGCCAGCUCUCGCCAAACGUCUGGAUCAAUCCACACAGGUCCAUGCUGGGCUUGGGAAACUACGACAUCAAUGUAAUAAUGGCCGCUUUACAGAGAAAAGGAUGUGAAGCUGUUUGGUUUGACAAAAGAAAAGAUCCAGGUUGCUUAGAUUUAUCAAAUAUAUGCGGGUUUAUACUAAAUGUACCUUCAGACUACAAAUUGGGGUUUGUCAUGUUGCCACUGCACAGGAGACAUUGGAUAGCGAUACGUCAAAUACAGGGAAACUUCUACAACUUAGAUUCAAAAUUAGACUCCCCGCAACUAAUAGGGAGGAGUAGUGACUUGAUAGUGUACUUGAAAGAACAAUUAGAGUGUAAAGAGAAAGAACUAUUUGUGGUGGUAAGUAAAGAGGUGGAGGAAAAGCAGUUGUGGAUAAACCAGUACACCAGUGACCGCAUAGAACCCACUCCUAACAAUCGUGUGGACCCAUCAGACAACAAUCACCACGCAACGAGAGAACCCUUGGACCAUGUGUCCAACAAUCACACAUCGAGCAAUAGACUGGAACAUGGGCGAGAUAAUCACCACACAUUGAGUGACCAUGCCGACCCCAUUGACAACAAUCAUCAUAACAACCACUGCUUAGAGUAUUUCUCCAAUAACCACCACACAUCAAGCAACCAUGUGAACGGCACAAAUAAACACCACAAACCAGAAUGGGAAAAAAUAGAUGACCGAGACUAUGAUGAAUUUCUUGAUGAUGAGUCUUAUUAAGCUCUUUCGUAUGGUCUUCUCUUCCUCCAAUGGAGGAUUUAGCAUUGAUGUUAAGCUGCAACUGCUAGCAAUAUUAAUUUAAUUGAGUAAUAUAUUUUGUAUAUACUGUAGACAUACUUGACGUACAUUAUUUUAAUGUGCAUGUUUUGGAAAUUGAAUGGUAUAGAUAUAAUUACUGUAAGUGGAUAAUAAGAAUCACAGGUUAACACUGAUCUCUAUAAGUAUAUUAAUGUAUCUGAUAUUAGAUGUUAUUGGAAUAUUUCCUUGACCUUCAAAUUUUAUGCAUGCCUAAUCAAGUCUUUCAAUCAAAUCGAAAUACGAAACUUUCAAUUAUUUAUUAUAGUGUACAUGAGCUUGUUGGCCAUUUAAUGUAGUUUAAAGGGGAUGCGUACAUCAUAGUCAGAUAUGAAUAAAUGGGUAUUUGUUAAACCAUCAAUGUACAAAGAUGUGGCAUUUAUAGUACUCUCGUCCCAUCUGUAUUUUACAGUAAUUUUAUUACAACCUGUAUAUAUGUCGUAGUCGUCAUAAUAUUAGUAAUGAAACUGAAAUUAUCAUGUCUACAAGGA